AUGACGGUGAAUCCUGUGUGCAGCGAAGUGUUGAUGGAGGAGCAGACCCUCUCCAUCGAACAGAGCUACAAGCAUAUCACCACCGAUGCAUCUGCUUUCUCGGGCGAUCUCAACACGAUCGAGGCUACAACGGGGGUCAACGGGAAGGAAGGGAAAGGAGGAAGGGAGCAGACACACAAGAAGAAGGAUGGCAAGCGGGAGAAGAAGCGAGGCCCCUUCAAAGGGCGCUGCUACAACUGCAAUGAGGAUGGGCAUAUGACUGUCAAGUGUCCCAACAAGAAGAAGGACGCAACGCCCGCGGCAGCCGCGAACGUAGCUGAAGGGGACGGGAAGGCGAAUGAAGGCCAACAAGGUCUCCCCUGGGCAGCUCACGGGCAAGGGAGAAAUCUGCAAACCAAAAAAGGUGUCACACACAACGUCGCAUCGGGAGGACAAGUGGAUGCAACGGCACGCUACUGCCAUCGCCUUCUCUGCUUCGACCUGAAACCGUGGCCAGCAAGCAAGGGCACAGCGUCUUCAGCGGCAUGCAACGGCAUGGCUGCUGCAGCGGCAGGCAACGGCACGGUGACCGCAAUGGCAUGCUACGACACGGUGGCCGCAGCGGCAUGCAACGGCACGGUGGCUACAACGGCAAGCAAUGGCAAGUCUAAGGUGGUUGCUGAUGUGGCGUCGAGAAAACCGGCAGUGAAGAAGUAG